UCCGUGUAAUACUAAGUUACUAACCUUAGUAACUACCUACCCUUGUAAGGUUUAUGUAGUUUAAUGCACGGACCAGCAACAUUGUUCAAAACACGAACCUUCAUUCGGAACGUUGAAUUUAAGUACGAUCUAACUUACUACUUACCACCUGACUCACUAUUCCCAGCAGCAACCCUUCAUCAUUCCCAACCUUUCCAACUUUCCAAUGACCGAGAACACGCAGCCCGGCGCCGGCGCCGGCGCCAUUGCCAAUGGCGAUCGCCAAGCUGCCUUCGCAGAAUACAACAAGCAGCGCCAAACUCUUAAGGAACUCCUUGGUAAGCGGAAGCAGCUCGAUCGUCAAUUGUCCCAAAUAGAGAACAGCAUCGCCGACCUCGAGGUCAAGUACCUUAGCAACACGCGCAUCGGCAACAUCGUCAAGGGCUUCGAUAACUACAUCAAGGGCACCAGUACUGCCGCCCAUCGUAAACAUGGCGAGCUUAAAGAAGACGACUACAUAUGGUCGCGAUCGUCCAUCUCUUACAACAGCCUACACCCCGACAACACCGAAGCAGCAUCCGCAACCUCGACCCCCGCGGCGCCGACCCCCGUCUCGACCACGUUCGCCAACGCCAGCAAAGACAAGGACAGCGGCUCGAACCAGCCAACACCGACGUCCGCGACAACCGACAAGACAUCAUCUGGAAAAGUCGGCAAAACCGGCAAGAAGAGGACCGCAGCCCAUGCCAAGAAAGAAAGCAAAGCGGACAUCGCUGACGCAGCCGACGACAGCGAAACAGACUCCCGCGACGCUAAGAAGGUGCGCACACAUUUUGGCGCCUCCAGGAAGCAAUAGCCCGCCGCCUUCCUCCUU